GGCUGUUUCCUGUGUGUGUGAGGCGCAUGUGAGGGGAUGUGUGUGUGCAGGAGAACAGAGUAGGGCUGAGUGAGCUUUCCACGCUGCUGUAAACCACUCUGAGGCUCCAGGAGAACAGAGUCAGUGAGGGAGUCAGUGAGGGAGUCAGUGAGAAACAUGGCGGCGGCUACGAAAAAGCACAAGAAGAAGAAGAAGCCGAGCUUCCGCAAGCUGCUGAAAACCAGCAACAUCAAGCUGGAUAACAAGCUGAAGAACCGUCAGUUCAAGCAGCAGAGCACGGCCAAGAAGCAGCGCAAGGAGCAGAGGAAACUGCGGCAGGCCCUCAGUGAUGCGUCCCAGCAGACCGUACAGCCGUUAGAGCGCUACGAGAAGAAGCCAGAGGAGGAAGAUGAUGAGGAGGAGUUUCUGGAGUCGCUGCCCACUGAUAUGAUGGAGGACGACGACCUGGAGGAGAUCAGAGCAAUGGCUCAGAAAGCCUCGUUCCUCACAAGAGACCUUUCCUCCUGUGCUCCUGCUCACACCAAAAAGCGCAAGUCGGACCAGAUGUUAGAAAAGUACGAGAAGAUGCCCAGGAAGUUGAAACAAGAGGAAGAGAAGGAGGUCAUUCAUCUGCUGCCAAUCAAAGACAAGAGCGGCCUGAUCCCUCAAACCAUGGAGAAGCCAGUGGUGCGGAAAGCAGACGAGGAGGAUGAACAGGAGGAAGCGAACGACGAAGACGAGUCGGAGCAAGCAGUCGAAGAAGCACAGAGCUUCCUGACACUGACUCCACAAGAACAGCUGAAGCUUCGCUCGCAGAAGCUGAUGGAGAGGAAAUUACGCAUCGCAAGCUUGGGAUCAGUUAUUCUAGCUGAUCCAAACUCUAAUAUUAAGAAGCUGAAGGAGCUACGGGCCAUGCUGAUGGAGACGGACCCGUGCGUGGCUGUUACGGUCAGGAAGCUGGUCAUGGUCUCACUUAUGGAGAUCUUCAAGGACAUAGUGCCCUCUUACAGGAUCCGUCCUCUGACUGAAGAAGAAAAAAAGACCAAGGUAAAAAAGGAGACCCAGCAGCUAAGAGAGUUUGAGGAGGGGCUCGUAAGUCAGUAUAAAUUCUACUUGGAGAAUCUGGAGCAGACUGUCAAAGACUGGAAGCAGAAGAAGCAGAAGGGCAGUCAGGCCGUGGCUCUGGCCUCCUAUAAAGGCCUGGCCGAAGUGGCCGUCAGGUGUCUGUCCGAACUGCUGGUGGCUUUGCCGCACUUCAACUUCCACAACAAUAUCAUCGUCGCCGUGGUGGCGCUGAUGAGCGACCCGACCAAGAAGGUGUCAGAGAUGUGCUGUGAAGCAGUCAGGAAUCUGCUGAAGCAGGACAAGCUGGGCCAGGCUUCACUAGCCACAGUGAGGGUCAUCUCAGGAAUGGUCAAAGGCAGGAACUACAACGUUAAACCAGAGGUCCUGAACACAUUGCUGUCCCUAAGGAUAAAAGAGGUGGAUGUGAAGAAGGACACAGAAGACCUGGCCCCCAAACAAAAGUUCAUGAACUUCCAAGAGAAGAAGAAGAACCUGUCCAGGAUGCAGAGGAAGUGGAAGAAAGCUGAAGAGAAACUCCAGAAAGAGCUGCUAGAGACCGAAGCGUCUGAGAGCAAGUACAAGAAGCUCAAGCUGCACACAGAGACACUGAACAUCGUGUUCCUGAUCUACUUCAGAAUCCUGAAGAAAGCCCAGAAGUCCGUCUUGCUUCCCUCCGUUUUAGAAGGUUUAGCAAAGUUUGCUCAUCUCAUAAACUUGGAGUUCUUUGAUGAUCUGCUCACAGUUCUUCAUGAUUUAAUUAUGUCCGGCGAUCUGUCACACCGAGAGAGUCUCCACUGCAUCCUCACAGCCUUCCACAUCCUGUCAGGUCAAGGUGACGUGCUCAAUGUCGACCCGCUGAAAUUCUACACCCACUUGUACAAAACCCUGCUUACACUGCGCGCAGGCGCGUCAAACGAGGACACAGGCAUCGUGCUGCAGUGUGUGGACGUGAUGCUGAGCAAGCGCAGGAAGCAGGUCAGCCUGCACAGAGCGCUGGCUUUCCUCAAGAGACUCGACACACUCGCUCUGCACGUGAUGCCUGACUCGUGUGUGGGCAUCCUGGCGGCUAACAGGGCACUCAUACAUACCUUCCCCAAGUGUGACAUCAUGCUGGAUAACGACAUGCAGGGCAGCGGUGUGUAUCUGCCUGAGCUGGAUGAACCGGAGUACUGCAACCCUCAGAACACCUGCCUGUGGGAGCUGCACACACUCAAGAGACACUACCACCCGACGGUGAGGAAAUACGCCACUCAUCUGCUGGCUGGAGCUCCGAGUGAAGGUGCCGGUGCACUGAGUUUAGAACUGAGCAGAAGAGCACCAGUGCAGCUGUUUGAAGACUACAGCGUGAAGGACAUGACCUUUAACCCACCAGUUGCAGGACCACCCAAGAAGAAGGAACAUUUCACAAUUGGAGAGGCUUUCCUGGACUCGGGUUUGAAAGCGCAGAUCGAUGCAGCGCUUCAGGAGGACGAGCAAAUACCCCUCGACUUUGCAGCACAUCUUUCACAGAAGUGAGCGAAGCUGGUGUAACUGUAAAUACGUCUGUAAUAAGAUGUUUUAUAUCGCUGUGUUUCAAAUAAAAAAGGGAAAAGUUUGUUCCCAAGUGGCCUUUCAA